UCUAGGACGUCCUAGGAAUAUCUAGGACGUCCUACGGGGCUAUAGGACGUCCUAAGGGUCUCAAGACGUCCUAAGUAUAUCUAGGACGUCCUACGGGGCUCUAGGACGUCCUAGAGAACCUGUAUCGCUAGGACGUCCUAGGGAAUAACCACAUGGUUUUGUGGCGUCUACGUAUAACUAAUAAUAUUGGAAGCAAAGAAGAUUUUUUAAGCUUAUAUUUUUUAAUACUAAUGUCGUAUUUGCUCUAAUGGCUGCGAUUUCGAAUAAUGACAUUGUGACAAAUUGAUUUUAACAAGAUAUUGCUUUCCUUUGACACGGACGCAGAAAGGACUAUAUUGAUUAUGGCAACAGUGUCAGUCGAAGAAAUCUGCCAAUUUCUGAUUAAAAGAGGUGUGAACAAUCCUACAGUAGAUACUUUGAGAACCAACAAGAUGGAUGGUAAAGCUAUUAAUGCAUCCACUGACGAAAUGAUGAAAUCAAUGGGUUUGACAGCAUUAGGAGAUAUCCUUGCCGUCAGAGCUUAUACAAAACAUGGUAAAGCCAAAUUAUCUGACUGUGAAAAAGAUAAAGUUAAGGCUGAAUUAGCUGCUGCCAUUAGAUAUGGUCAUGCAAUGGAGAAACCAAAUAAACUUUCAUUUUCUGUAAAUGUUGGUUUGCAGAACUUUAAUGAGAGAUUAAAAAAAUAUUCUUAUGUGAAAUGUACUGGUGGAUCCAGAAAACUUUCCUUUCCUCGGGACAUUACUAUGAGUGGUAUAAAAGAACAAUUGCAUAAAACCUUUUUUCCAAAGGAUAACAAUCCAGUUUUGGGUUCAUUGUCACUGUUUGAAACAUAUGUUGGUAGUUUCUCUGGUGACAAGCUAAGUGAUGAUUUGACAUUAGAGAGUUAUGUUAAAGAACAUAAUCUGAAACAUAUUCGCAUUUAUCUCAAAAUAAAAAAGAAAUCCAUUUUGUCCAGUUUGUUCACAAAGUUAAAGAGCAAUAUCUUUGAAGAUGACCAAGACGACGAUGUUUUAUUUGAAAGUCCUUUCAAUACUCAUAAAGUUGCUAAUAUUAAUUUAGUUGGUGAUGAAGAUAAUAACCGUCCUAUUCUGUUAGGUUCAUCCGUAGAACGCAAAAGAUUGAGAGAUGAAAUUGAUGAAGCUUAUAAUACGUCACUAGAGGCCGAUAAAAAGAAAAGUGAUGUUAAAAACGAAAAUAAACAACCACAAUCAUUGUUAAAUGAAACUGAAGAAAUAGAGGAUACUGUAGCAGUAAAAGAACGUCGGUUAAUUGAUAUUAUGAACAUAAGAAAGAAUCAAGUCAUGCCAGAACCUGAUCUUAGUGAGGCACAUGUCACAAUAUCCAUACGCCAUCCUGUUAUAGGAAAUAAAGCACGUCUAUUUCAUGAUACUGCUAAAUUUACUCAGGUGUAUGAUUGGGUUGGAGGACUAUCUUUACAGCCAGAACAUUUUACCCUAAUCAAUUUUGAUCGACACAAAGUUUCUCCAGAUGAAAAAGUAUUCUCUGGCAUAUUUAAUGUUAAUGAAGAGGAAACACCAUCACCUAUGACACCAGGUGGAACAGUUGGGUUUCGUGGUUAUGCUACAAUCACUGUAUCAGAUGAUGACGAUGUUGUUCCACCAACUGUUGCUGAACAAAAGAAUUAUGUGAAUGAUAAUCUUGUUGAAAAUAGGAAUCUUCAGUCAGAAAUGUUGUUGGAAUACAAAUCUGGUGAAUCUAAAAAAGAGUUUGAUAGCCUGCAAGACUUUCGUGCAAAAGAACUAUCAAAGCUAAAUAACUCUACUUUGUAUUUUGAUAUUUCCAGAGAUAAUGUGUACCAAGAGUUAAUUGAUAUUUACAAAAAGCGUGGAACUAUUUCACAUAAAGCUACAUUUAGAUUUAGUGGCGAGGAAGCUUAUGGAGAUGGUGUUACAAAGGAUUGUUAUGCUGAGUUUUAUAAAAAACUUUUUGAGAAAAUGGACGGUGUUAUGGAAAAAGUACCACUUGAUGACUGUGUUGAUAAAGAGGAGUUGGAAAUAAUUGGAAGUAUUGUAAACCAUGCUUUCAUUCAGUAUGCUAUUUUCCCUUUGCAACUGUGUAAAAGCACUGUGAAGAAACUUAUUUUGAAAGGAAAUAGUUUUAGCAAAAUGAAACAGCGUAUUUUUGGAAGUAUAUUCUAUUUUUGUUUUAUUUUUGAAUGUGUAUGAUUUUAUAACGAUAGAUUAUUCUUGUUGGUUUCGAAGAAAUUUUUCAACAUUUGCUUUCCUUUUUUGGCUAUGACCUCUUUAACUUGUGACAUUUCUUUUGGUUGAGUCAUCACCGACAAGAUUCAAAAGUACACAAUAAGGUUACGUGGUUUAAUAAGACUCAGUUGUGUUUUGUUAAAUAUAUGUUUGUUAAGUUCUGACGUGAUUUAUAUUGUAUCAUUUUGUUUUUGUUCUUUUUACUACUGAAAUACAGUUUUUUAAGACAUAAAAUUGUACGUAUUUCUCAUUUCUAUUUCACACAAAUUUUAUAAAUAAAAUUUAAAAUUACAACAUUUCUAUUGUCGAUACAAGGUAUAAAUAAAUAUGUUCAGCCUCUUCGCGUGAACGCAGAUGCUGCAAAUUCUGCUCUUCCAUCAAAAUAUUUAAUAGUUCUAUAAACUCAUUCUGACAAGGAAUAGCUCGAGGUUUUUUUGAAUACAUGGAUUCAGCCAAUUCGAGCUCGUCUGCAUUGAAUACGAAUGCACAAUCUAUGGCAUUGUAGUUGUGUGGUAGAAAAAACAUUAAGUCAGGUCUUCCAGAUGGGCUUUCUGAAUAUUUUGUACUUCUUAUCUUGUGGUGAUUCCAAGUAUGUUUAACUUGAUCUAAAUGUAACUGAAUGAGACCGUAGUAACAAAACUUCAAUGCUUCAACAUGAAUGUUAUUGCUGUCGUCAUAUAGUCUCUGGUCUCGCAGGUCUUUAAAAUAAUCUAUCCAAGACUGAGUGGUAUUUCUUUUCAAAUAUGACCACAACUGCUCUAUUCGUUGAUUUGAUACAGAUUUUCCGUACUUGAAACUGUUCCAACCACUCCAUGAAUCAUGAUGAUUUCUUCGAAGGAAUCGUUGGAUGCCACAUACAUUCACAUUUUCUGUCCCCCUAUCCCCUCUAAUUAAUUUUGGCACGGUACAUAAAGUCUUCACUGCACUAGUAUAAUAGUGAGCUAUAAUAAAUGGGUUCUUGUUUGUGUCUGAAACAGCUAGCCAAAUAAUUUUAAGACUGAAACCGUCGAUUCCACCGUGGAUACAAAAACCGAAGGGUUUCAAUUUAUCGUUCCCGUCAAUGUGCCAGACAUCGUUCGGACCAUUUGUUCUAUAUACCCUUCUUUUCAAUCGAUGCUUUGUUCUCCUUUCAACACCAGAUGGGUCUUGCUCUUUUAAAGCUGCUCUAACUAACCUGGUUGGUAUUUGUAUUCCUUUUUCUAACAAAUGCUGAUACAUACUACGGCAUCUACGGUUUUCUCCAACUUCCUGAAUCUCUUGUCUGACCUUGUCUAAUAUCGUGGAUGUUGAUACAUCAGCACACUUUCGCUUUAGGCCAUAUUCCUUUAAAAAGCGAUGCAAAGUUCUCAUACUUAUUGAAAUAUCGUGGUACCGGCGCAAGAGUUCUAAAAUGUCUUUAUACUGAUAUCCACAACGAAAAAAAUGAGUGAUAAUGUCUCUUUUGGAGUUCCCAAUACCUGAACUAUCCAUACCUUUUUCCCAAGUCUAAAGAUAAAGAAAAUACAAAUGAUACAUUUACUGAAUGAAGAAAAGAAACGGGAAAAAUCAUGAAAAGCCACUCACCACAAUCCGUUCCUUGCAAGUCCCUUCUUCUUAACUUCUUUUACAUUAGUCAAAAUCCACAUUCAAUGUCGACAUAACAG